AUGGAUACCGUCCAGCGCGCUCGUUCUCGGAGUCGGGUGCUCUCACCAUCGCCUAUACCCCACAGCCGCAAUAAUUAUUUCAUUGGGAUUGUCUUGCUUAUUUUUGUGGUUCUCCUAUGGACAUUUUCUAACUUCAUAACUCAAGAUCUGUACGAAAUCGGAUACAAUAAACCAUUUCUUGUGACCUAUAUGAACACAAGUUCAUUCGCACUUUAUUUGAUACCACUCCUUAUCCGCAGAUGGUGGUCAAAAAGUGGCAACGACAAGAGCAGAAUACCCGCGGUCGAUAGGUCCAUUGAUGAAUAUCAGCCGUUAGUUGACGACGAACCUAUAGAGGUAAAAUCUAUAGAACAGUUCGCGUAUUGCGAGUUGACCCAGAUGGCCUUUCAACCCCUUCCACCUUUGACCGACAAGCAAACAGCCAGUCUUGCUUUUACGUUUUGCCUAAUUUGGUUUGCUGCAAACUGGUCUGUUAAUGCCUCUCUUGGCUACACAAGUGUGGCCAGCGCGACAAUUUUGUCUAGUAUGAGUGGGUUUUUCACCCUUGCCAUUGGGCGCUUAUUUCGAGUUGAGACUUUGAGUUUGGUCAAAAUUGGCGCUGUCAUCAUAAGUUUUACGGGUGUAAUACUUGUUUCGAUUUCGGACAGUGUGCCAACACAAUCUAUUGGCCCUGAAUCUUCCUUCAACAGUCGCGUAAAUUCGGUUGCAUUUUUUGGCGAUGCAUUAGCCCUGCUAUCGGCGAUGUUUUAUGCGAUGUACGUCAUCCUCCUAAAAGUGCGAAUCAAAUCGGAAUCAAGGAUCAAUAUGCAAUUAUUCUUUGGAUUUGUGGGUCUAUUCAACAUCAUCGUUUGCUUCCCUCUCGGUGUCAUUUUGCAUUUGACCGGUGCCGAGAUUUUCGAGCUCCCUCCAAGUAGGAAGAUCCUGUCGACCAUGUUGGUCAAUAUGGCAAUCACUCUUUCAAGCGACUACAUCUACGUUCUUGCGAUGCUCAAAACAACACCUUUGGUCGUUACAAUUGGCCUCAGUCUAACCAUUCCAGUUGCAGUCUUGGGUGAUUUCCUACUGCUGAAACCGUCCAAAUUCCAAGUCAUUUUUGGUGCACUUUUGGUUUUGUGUAGUUUCGUCGCCAUUGGCUUUGAGGACGCGGAGAAUCAGGAAGAAACUAUUGCAAUUACAGGAGCCCAUGAAACAUAA